AUGUUAUUCUUACCAACACCAACACACAAUACCAUAAGAUCACUUGUUAUAUCUUAUGCUUAUAUAUUUGGCUUGCUUGUAACUGUAGAAGUAUAUCAAAGAAAAUUCAAUGUACCAUUAUACAUUUCACGUAAAAUAAUUCAUAUUGGCGCUGGAACUUAUUUGUUUUUUCUUUUGUAUUUGUUUGAACAAUGGGAGUAUGUGGUACUUUUGAAUGCUAGUUUUGUACUGCUUAACUAUAUAUCCUAUAGGAUAAGGCUAUUCAAAUCUAUGGACCCUCAAACUGGUGCAACGUUAGGUACCUUGUACUUUCCAUUUUCAUGUGCACUGUUAUUUGGAUAUUAUCAUGAAGGUUGGGAAAAUGGUUUCCCUCGAGGACGUGAAUAUAUUGCAAUAGCUGGUAUCAUGGCAAUGACUUUUGGUGAUGCAUUUGCAAGUAUUAUUGGAAAACGUUAUGGGAAGAGGUAUUAUCAUGUGGUGACAGCUCGUUCCGAACGUCGUACCAUUGAAGGAUCUCUAGCAAAUUUCGUCACUACUGCAAUUGCAAUUCUGUUCUUUUGGUCGAUAAUGUCACCACCAACACUACUAAAUUCCACGUGGAAUUAUAUCACCGGAGCAUUGAUUGGAGCAACAGCGAGCACAUUGUUGGAAGCAAUUAGUCCAAUGGGAACUGAUAACAUCAGUGUUCCAUUAGGUGUCAAAUCACCAUUUGAAAAAGAACUUAAAGACAAACCCAUUAAAUCAAUAAAUGACAACAGCACUCAUAAUUAUAAUUCUUCUUACAACAAACAAAGACAAUUAAAAGACAAAUUGAAUAAUAAUAAUGGAUCAAGAGCUAAAAUAUAUUCACUUAAAGGAACAAUACUUUAUCAUCCUGAAAGACAAUUAUGGAUCGACACAUACUCUGGAAUCUAUUCAUAUUAUGACAAAUCCACUCAAACUUACACUCCAAUAAAUGACACUACAACAACCACCCACAAUAUACAAUUUAUCAACAACAACGUUAACACCACCACUGCUGUUUUUGAAGAUUUAGCAAUAGAACAAGGUGAACCUGGCAGUGAUGCAACUCUUAGAUUGGUGGUGGGAUUUUAA